AUGAAGGUCAAGAUUACCCGGUGGAAUACCGUUGCGACGUGGCGGUGGGAUAUCCCCGAGGACGACGUCUGUGGUAUCUGCCAAGUCCACUUCGAUGGAACAUGUCCGACCUGCAAAUACCCCGGCGAUGACUGCAGUCUCUCCAGUGUCUGGCAAGUGUGGACACAACUUCCAUAUGAGUGGAUUAAGCAGGAUUCAGCAAAGGGCCAGUGCCCCAUGUGCCGUCAAAAAUUCGAGUGGACGGACCAGGCGAAUGAGACAGCCGAGACCUAG